UGAAGUAAUUAGAUAACUAUCUGACCCACGCCCAUAAUAAAACCAGAAAAGAUGGGGAACAGCAUAGACAAAGUAUGCACCGGGCUAUAUGUAGGUGGCAUUAUGGGUGCCAGCAAGAAAGAGCUCCUACUUGAGAACAACAUCACACACGUACUGGCGGUUCUUGACAAUGCAGAGCCUCACUUCCCAGAGAACUUCCAAUAUAAAUGCAUCAAAAUAUCGGACAGCCCGAGUUGUGAUUUGAGUGUACAUUUUAAAGAAAGUGUAGACUUUAUUCACAAGUGUCGUAUUGAAGGUGGAUCAUGUUAUGUUCAUUGUGCUGCUGGUAUAUCCCGAUCAGUUACACUAUGCACAGUGUAUCUAAUGACAGCAACAACACUCUCAUAUGAGGACGCAAUGACUGUCAUGGUUUAUGCUCGGAGCAUGGCUGGCCCUAACUUUGGAUUCAGAAUGCAAAUGAUGAAGUACACGAAAACAAUUUUAAAUGACGAGAGGAAAAGGUUAAAGUCGGAGUUUCCUGACAAUAAGCUCAAUGACGAACAAGAACUUGGUGACCUGUUGAAAGCUGCCAAAGAAAAGUUUGCAAAGGAAGGACGUCCUCUGACACUGAGAGAUCACGAUGAAGAGGCCUACAUUGAUCCAGAGAAAGUCUAGCACUGCAAUCAGUGAUACCAAAAUAUUUAACAAUAUACCCGGUAUUAUUUUCGUUCUUGUUUUUUUGUUAUUUUUUUAACAAUCAUUACUGGUGCAAUUUUGCUACUAGUUUUGGUCUAUACAUAAAGUGGGUUUGUAUUGAAAAACUA